AUGCCAGCCUCUGAAGCAAUAUUGACGCAGAUACUGGCCCAGUUGCAGGCGCUCCAGGUAUCCCAGCAGAUGCUGCAAGCAAAGUUGGAUGCGGUUACAGAUGGAACUUUGAAGCCAUCAACUCCUGAGCGCCGUAGUAUUCCAAUACCUGGCGUGUCCACAUCGCCCUCGAUUAGCGACCUGGCCUCCAAGAGCCCGUUGUCCUCGAGCCCUACUUCAUCGCGUAUGACGACCGACAAGGAACGCGAGAAAUUGUUGUAUCCAGGCCGAGUUAACCUCACAACCUACCCGGAUCAGCAUGGCAUCGCGCCUCACCCUCUUGUCUGGGGUGCCGCGGACCCUACUACACGUGGCCCGGUCAUAUGUUCGCGUCUCCCGUCAUCGAUCAAGCAGCGCAAUGCCCUCGGUGCUCAUUCCGGAUCCUACUCUAUCUAUCGUGCCCUCUCCGUUGCAAUGGGUAGUCUAUCUUUGACCCACAAACCCGACUACAACCUUACCGAUCCCCCGGUUUCUAUUCCCCCACAGCCUUCCUGGGCCGAUCCUAAGAAGAUCGUCUCCUUCGAUCCAUGGGGCCAUCUCGUUCCAUCCGUAUUCAAGAAGGAGAUGGAGGAACUCGGUCUGGAUGCGAGGCCCAGUAUCGCCAUCACCAAGGCUCACAUGAAGUUGAGUGAGAUUGACGAUAGCGUAAGGAAGGGAACCCUUGAACUAGACGGCAAGGUUCUCCUCAAAAGCCGGCCAUUACUGGACGAGACGGGCAAAGUUUGCGAUGCUGAUCCCGGCGUGGAAAUGAAAGUGAGUAAGGCCGCGGUGGAGCCUGUUUGGUUCCUACCUGGUGUCGCGGAGCGCUUCCAAAUAUCCGAAAGUCUUCUCCGUCGCGCGUUGUUUGAAGAAACCGGCGGAAUGUACCCUGAACUCAUCACUCGGCCCGAUAUUAAGGUUUUCCUCCCUCCCAUCGGCGGCAUGACCGUGUACAUCUUUGGAGACCCUGCGUUCAUGUCUGACGAGAGCAAGGUUCUCACUCUCCGUGUUCACGAUGAAUGCAAUGGAUCCGACGUGUUCGGCUCAGAUAUUUGCACGUGUAAGCCGUACCUCAUCUACGCCAUCGAAGAGUGCGUUCGCACCGCACAGCAAGGUGGCGUUGGUGUUGUUGUGUACUUCCGGAAGGAGGGCCGCGCUCUUGGAGAAGUGACGAAGUAUCUCGUCUACAACCUCCGAAAGCGUGGUGGCGAUUCCGCGGACAAGUACUUCAAGUCUACUGAACUCAUUGCCGGUGUCAAGGAUAUGCGAUUCCAGGCGUUGAUGCCCGACGUUCUCCACUGGCUUGGAAUCAAGAAGAUUGACAACAUGGUUUCGAUGAGUGACAUGAAAUAUGAUGCCAUCGUGAACAGCGGUAUUCCCAUUCUCAAGCGAUAUGACAUUCCUGACCACUUGAUCCCUCCCGACUCACGCGUUGAGAUCGACGCCAAGAUCGCCUCAGGCUAUUUCUCCAGCGGCAAACAGGUCACCGAGAAGGACCUGGUCAAAACGGUUGGCAGAACCUGGGAAGAAACGGAACAUUAA